AUGCGCAGUAACUGACCAUUCGAUGCCGUUCAAAACCAGUUGUUGUGACUGUGUAUUCGAAAUACGGAAGCUAUUGAUCUGUAAAGAACCAAUGUGAAGGGAAAUUCGUGCUAAAUGUGAAUUGGAAAAUCAUAUGUAAGAUUAUUUUAAAGUGAUAUUUAAUGGCUGAUACAUCAUCAAAAUGACAGACAAGAUUCAAGACCGCCAGCGGCUCGCGAACGUAAUAACCCAGUGGAAUCAGGACCACUACGAUUUAUUUGAAUUAAGCCAACCUAACGAGGCGUGUGAGUUCCACGGAGUGGUGAGGUUUUACUUCCAGGAUGGGACCAAUGUGGUGACAAAAUGUAUCCGCGUGGCGAGCACUGCCACCGCGCGGGAAGUGGUGGAUGUCCUCGUGGAGAAAUUCCGACCGGACAUGCGCAUGUUGACGGCCAAUAAAUAUGCGCUGUACGAAGUCCACGCCAAUGGAGAGGAGAGGAGACUGGAGAAUGGGGAGAGAGUCUUGUGGGUCCAGCUCAACUGGGGCACUGAUGUCAGAGAGGGGCGAUUCCUACUCAAGAGAGAGGGAGACACCACACUUGCCCAUGCCCGAGCAGGCGGGGGUGUGGACAAGGAGAACCAAGGGGGGACAUUCAAGAGGAAGCUCUCCAAGCGAGAGAAGAAGGAACAGAAGAAGAAGGAGAAAGAGAAGAAGAUUGCUGAGGCCGGCAGCGCCGCAGAACAGCUGUACACGGACAUGCCAGAGACAAGAUUCACUCGCAGCAUUUCUAACCCCGAGGCCGUGAUGAAGCGCCGGCGGCAACAGAAGGUGGAGAAGAAGCUCCAGCAGUGCCGUGGUCAGGAUGGCCAAGGAGGAACCCUGAAGAUUUAUGGAGAGAGUAUUAAACCAGAGACCCCCUACAAAACUCUGCUUCUGUCCACGGCGGAUAAUGUCCGCUAUGUCAUCCGAGAGACAAUGGAUAAGUACGGGAUGGAUUUCACCGUCAGUGAUCCGGAGGAUUAUUGCCUGGUUCAGGUGUUGGUGCCCCCAGGUGAGAGAGAGUACCAUGGGGGUAACAUUGGGGAGGAGAGGAUUAUGGAGGACCAUGAGUGUCCACUGGCCAUUGCUAUGGACUUCCCACCUGCCAAAGGAACCAUGAUGUUCCACUUCAGAAAGCGACCAAACGAUGCCAAGAAAACAAAGCACAAGAAACUCCGUGCAGUAUCUCAUGAGGAACUCCGCACAAAACCCGAGGAAUCUCCCAUGAAAUAUCCGUACCUUCUUGAGCUUAAUCCAGAUGGCUCUGACAACCCAAAAGGGAAGAUAUACAGACUGAGUAUGAGCUACACAGAGGUCGGCAGUGACCCCUCCAUGGCGAUCAAGAUUCACGGUCCAAACAUUCAGCCAUGCCACUGUGUACUGGGUCUAGUGGAGAAAGAUGGAGUGGUCACGGUCACCCCCAACAGUCCAGAGUCCGAGACCCACGUCAACAACCAGCGGAUCUCGGAGACCACCACGCUACAAAAUGGCAUGACCGUCAGAUUCGGCAAGCUUCAUGUGUUCCGAUUCAUAGAUCCCAAUUUCGAAGAGAAGCUAAGGAAAGGUCAGAUCCCUCCUGACGGGGCCAUUCAGAAACACAGAAUGCAGCAUCAGAAGUCGAUGGAGCCCAACUUUGAGCCCACUAGACCCACACCCUCACCCAGGGAGCCCAGGCAACAAGAACCAAUGGAAACACAGAGAAGGAAUGUUCCUCCCCAGCCCAUGGGGUCUCCACGCAGGGAGGAGAAUGCCUACCCCCCACACAGGCAGCAGGCUGGGGAUGCCCUGCCAGCCAUAUUGGAGUUUCGGGAGGACAAGGAGGACCAUUUCUUUGCCAACAUUAUUCUGGACUCUGCUACUGCUGGCAUUCAGUUUAAGCUGGCCCCUACCUACACCAUAUAUCUGGCUGUCCGAUUCUCACUCUCUAAUGGGUACAGACCAGAUCUUAGUCCCCAGGAUAAAGCAGUCAGAAUCACCAACCUUGUGAUUAAGAUAGCCAACCUAACACAUCAAGCCAUUCAUUCACACCGAGACAAUCCAGCAGCCCUAGCAUUCUGGAUGGCCAAUUCUUCUGAGAUCCUUCAUUUCUUCAAACAAGACCACGACAUUCAUCCGUUCAGUCAGGACGCACAGGAAAUGCUGGCCGAGUCCGUACAGACUGCCUUCCAUCACCUGAACAGGUGUUUACAGUACGACCUCCAGCGCACUCUGCCCGCCUUCCUAGACGACAGCGACGACGAUGACAUGAACGAGAAAAAUAGGAUGCAGUACAAUCGUGGACGACCUUCACUUGGAGAUGUCCUUGACACACUUUCCUCGGCCAUGAACUUGCUGCGUCGGUGUCGUGUGAAUGCUGCCCUCACUAUCCAGCUGUUCUCCCAGCUCUUCCACUUCAUCAACAUGUGGCUGUUCAACAUCCUGGUAAAGGAGCAGCAUCAGUUCUGUAUGAGGAUUUGGGGCCUCCGCCUCAAACGUCGCCUCGGCAGCAUUGAGGCGUGGGCCGAGAAACAGGGACUGGAGCUGGCCGCCGACUGUCACCUGUGUAGAAUCAUACAGGCCGCUCAUCUUCUACAGGCUCGUAAGAGCAGUCCUGAUGACAUUGCUGACAUCACGGCCACCUGCUUCAAGCUGAACUCUCUCCAGCUGAGGGAGCUACUACAGAGGUACAUCCCCGAGCCCGACGAACCCCCAGUCCCCCAGCAACUCCUAGAGGGUGUGGUCAAGAUCGCUGAGAACAUGGCUGAUGAACAGAUCAAGUCAGACGGGAGAGAGGUGUGUCUGGAGGAGGAUGCAGACCUCCAGCUGCCGUUCUUACUCCCUGAGGACGGCUACACCUGUGAUACAAUUAAAGGGAUCCCUAAAGGCAUCGAGGAGUUCAUCGACCCCCUGGCCAAAGGUGGUUUGUGUCGGAUGAUUCCUCAGCCGGGAACCAGCGGUGACUGGACAGUGUACAUGACAGGAGACGAGACGCCGCGGAUAGACGAGGCUGUUAGAAAAGUUCCACAGCAGCACCAGCCCCCGGCCAAUCACCAUGGCGACAGACCGCAGCAACAGUUACCAAAGGAACCGGAAAUAGCUACAGUGACCUUCAACAAGGUCAAGGGCAGUAUGGGAUUGAGCAUCGUGGAGGCCACUCCAAAGAGUGAGGGACAGAAAGUCAGUGGUAUUUACAUCAAGUCAGUGGUUCCGGGUGGUGCUGCGGCUCUUGAUGGGCGGCUUCAGGCAGGGGACCAGUUAUUGGAGGUUGAUGGUAAAGGACUCGUAGGGCUCUCCCAGGACAAGGCGGCUGAGUUGAUGACCAAGACUGGUCAGGUAGUGAGCCUAAAGGUCGUCAAACAGGGAGCUUUCUACCAUGGUCUAGCCACCCUACUGAGCCAGCCCUCCCCCAUCUUACCCAGAGCAUCACCUAAGAAACCAUCAAGUCCUCAAAGUAACAAGCACCGCCCUCAAGAGGAAGGCCCGCCCCCCUAUAACCCCGCCCCAGACAUGGAUCGGGUACGUGGAAUGGACCCACGGCAAAAACAAGCCAUGCAGAGCCCACAUAAUCGCUCAUCUCCAGCUCUCAACAAGUAUAGAUCUGGAAUCUCCAGUAAAGAAAUGGAGGUGAUCUAUGGCCGUAAGGACGCGUUGUGGCGGACUAUUUUAGAGACUGACCUGCAUGCUAUAAUUAGUAACAGGAAGCCUGACCCUGAGUCUGCUCCAGGGGCAUUCUCCUAUCAAAAACCUCGCAGCAAAAGUGCAUCAAAUCUGGAGGAGGACACUCGAAUGAACAUUGGCAUUGUAGAUAAAAUUGCUCCUAAACCCCAGACUCAGGCUAACACAAAGCCAGUGCGUAAAGAAAAUCAGAAGAAGAAGAGAAAUAGUGUUGUAGACUUACGAGACUUACAAGCUGAUCUCAGUAAAUAUCGAUCUCAGGGUCAAGGUCAAACUGGGCACCGCCCACGGAGUAAAUCUGUGGGUGAGAUGCAGAGGCCGAGACACUCGGUCCAGCACAAUGCUCCCCACCAGAAUCUGGGGUAUCCUAGGAGUACCCCGAAAUCCGUCCAUCCACAGCAGCAGACAUACCUGACCGAUGAAAACAUGAACAGUGUUCCAGUGGAUAAGGCUCAGUCUCGUAGUUCAUUCCAAAACCUGAAGGCCAGACAUAACAACAAGAUGAGAAAUAAUGGACUACAGAGAAGUCAAUCUGUGGGAUCAGUGGACCGUGAACAGAGUUAUAACCCCGAGUCCUACACAGUAUAUAGUCAGGCCGUCUCGCCCACCCCUUACUGCCCCCAGGGCCCCAGUAAUCUUACCCCUCAACACAGCAGAAGUCAUUCUGCCUCCCAGGUACAAAGUGUCUACCCCCAAACACAACAAUAUGCCCACCCACCACAAAGUCCCUAUAAACAGAUCCCUCAAAAUGUUCCUCAUUAUCAAGGUCAGCAGAGACCUAGGAGUAUGUCACAAUAUCAAGGUUAUGUGUCACAAUAUCAAGGUCAUCCUCCACAGGGGUACCAAGGUCAGACAAGACACGUGCCUCAUCCCCAGAAUACGAGGCAGGUCCCUGUUAGAGGGCCUCACCACCAGGUCCCUGCUAGAGGGCCUCACCACCAGAGGAGUAGAUCCAGUGACCUCGUCCCAACUCGUGGUGACUUUUUUCUGGGUGAGAGCUACGACUCGGCCCGAGGCAGUGAUUCCAUACAGAGUAAUGGUGUGAUGUCUCCCCUAGAGUCUUAUAAUGCAUUCAAGGCUUUAAUGAAGAACACAAACUCCGACAGUGGCAUCAGUGACUCUAGGGAGUCCAAAAACUCGUACUAUGACUCAGGCGAGCCCUUAAACUCGCCAUACCCUGUGUUCUCACCUGUGAGUCCACACAUGCUAAAUAGCACAAUGAGGGAAUCAUGGGAUAGGAGCUCACUGAGUUCCUCAGCAAAUUCCACCAUGGUUACUACCGGACAUGGCUCACUGUCAAGGAAAUCAAGAAAUAAAAUCCAGCAUUUUAACCAAAAUGGUCGUGAUACCCUGCCUGGAGGGAGGAGUAUGCGUGAACCGCCCCACCCCGCCCAUCGCCCAGGGCAUCACAGGGACCCCAGGGAGCACGAGAACAAGUCAAAGUCCAUGGCCAACCUCCAUAUGGACAACUCAUUCGAUCACAGAGACCCUCCCCACCACACGCACAACAUGCGACCGGCCGCCUCGGUAGGGGCUCUACAGCACCCCAAUGCUCCUUUCCAGGAAUACUACAACCAGGGUCGUAAUGACCCACGGGGAAACGACUACGAGAACCAUCCCAGUGUUGAUCCCAGAAUUCCUAGGAAUCAACAGGAUCCCAUGCGUAGCCAUGGAUAUCAUGAUGUCAACCAUAAUGUCCCACCAGGACACCUGGUGAAACCGCAAUUACGUGAGAGUGUUGAACAGGGCUCUCCUUCCUCUCGGCAUUCUGGGUCCAGCGGGCGUGAUGAGAGGCCUCAAUCUGCCUACUUUGCUCAUCACCCACAGCCAGACUUUGGUCGAGAGGAGCGACCAAAAUCAAUGGAGGUCAACUUAGGGAAGAUGCAGGAGAUGCAGCAGAGGUAUGGUCAGCCCCAGCACUCCCCCCACCAGUCCCCCCAUGAACGAAGCUUCGACAGCGAGAGGGACCCGAACUAUUACAACAUGAACAUGCGAGCACAGCAGCAGCAGCAGCAACAACAGAUGCAGAGUGGGUAUGUCAACCAGAGCGACAUCCCAAGGUAUACCGCCAACAACGAAUCCAGGCAACUCAACUUUUACGAGAAUACCUCUCCGAGACAGAACGAACCAAGCCCAGCAUUCCAUCAACUGAAGGCUUCAGAGCCAGGGCAUAGUGAAGGCAAAAGGCCUCCCCCCACAAUGCCUAAACCCUCUGUGGCCCCCAAACCUAAUGGUCCAAAAGUAACUCCGGCAGACAUUCCAAGGGUGGAGGUAGAUAACAGGCAUACACAGUCACAUUUCUUUGAGCCCAAAAUCCAACAGCAGCCGGAGCAGAGAUCCCCAAAAGUUCCUUCCUCCCAAUCUGCUUAUAUACCUGGAAGAGGUGUGGUGCCCCACAGUACUGGCUUCCAGCAUGACCCUAGGACUAACAGUUUACCCCGUGGGAAAUUCACUCCUCCUAGAGACAGUAAUUAUCAUCCACAAACUCAUCAGAGCCCAGAGUUACCUCCUCCUCCCCAGGAGACACCCCCAGAGCUUCCUCCACCCCCUGCUCCCGAGGAUCUACCAGAGGAGUUACCCCCCUUGCCUCCUCCUCCGGCGAAUGACUACUCAUUAGACCCACAGUAUGCUAAUUCGGCUGACCCACGGUUUGGGUCAGCAGGUGGUUUCCAGCAACAGGGAAGGUUUAACCAGCCUCAACAAAGGGUUCUACCUCAGCAGCAAAGGAACAUGGGAUAUGUGGAACCCCAGCAACAGUUUAUGCAACCUCCUCACUCAGCAACCCUGCCCAACCGAUUCCAGCAGCCGAGCAACGAUUACCAAAACAUCUUCAAUGAGAAACAAAACAGGUCUUUCGAAUCUUCAAUGCAACACCCCACCAACCAAAAUGUGUACGAGUCCUACAAUCCUAAGCAGCCGCCAAUAAAAGUCGAUCCACAGUUAUCAAAACACAGACUCAUCUCGGAGGUCAGCGAGAUCGCUCAGAAGUCUCAGAAGGACGGAGGCCCCCUCGCGUCACCUUGGGACAGAGAGGAGCAGGAGAAGCUUAAUAAAGCACGGGAGGAACAGAUGAGUCAUCUCCGGGAACAGGAAAUCCACGACCUUGAAUCCAGGCCGUACUUGUCCCCCCAGGAACAGGACCGGUUAAAAAAGUUACGCCUGGAGCAGGAGUUCCAGCGCCGAGUCCAGGAGUGUUCUAACCGGGACGACGAGGACGAGGACUCAGAUAAUGACAUAACGAGCCGAACUCAGGUAGGCAGGGAAUACCUGAUACAAGCCAUCCAGGAGGACAUCUCCAAGGCACACAGGAAGCUGGAGGAACUCAACCACAAACAGAUGUACGAGGAGUACGAACGCGAGAAAGACCGCAUGCAAAGGCUUGAGAGGAAGUUAGAAAUGUUUGAGUUGGAGAAAGAAGAGAGACAACAAAGACUACAAAAGAGGCAGGAGAGGAAGUUACGAGAGCAAGAGGAGUACCAGCGGAAACAACGGGACAUACGAGAAAAACAGCGACAGGAUUACGAGGAGCAGAAGAGGCUGAUGAUGAUGGAAGAGGAGCGGUUAAUGAAGAAGAAGCAGGAGGAGGAACAGAAGAGGAAGGAGAUGGAGAGAGAAAGAUUGCGUGAGCUAGAGGCCCAGCGAGAACAAGAAGAGGCUCGACUUAGGGCUGAGGCACGACAGAGACAGGAAGAGCAGCAUCGGCGGGAGAUUGAAAUACGUGAACGCGAGAGACGUGAGCAGGAGAAACGUGAUCAAGAACUUCGUGUUAGGGAAGAGGCCCAGCGUCUGGAGGCCCUUAGGCUGCAGAACCAGCCCCAGGGCUACAACCAGCAGUACGCCAACCUCCCCGCCCACUCACAGUACGGGGCACCUGCUCCCCCUGUCCGGGGAUCCUCCUACGACGUUCACGGUGCCAAUCGACCUAACGAGAGGAACCCCGAAAUCCAAAAUGGCUUCCGUAACAUGAACAAUUCUAAUUUCAGAAAUGUGCCAGAAACUGUUCCGAAGAAAUCGGUAUCGUUUAACACCCAGUUAGAGACUCGUAAUACGUACAGUGUUGGUAGCGAGAGUGAUAGAACACCUUAUGCAUCACAGUCUUCAUAUCGGUCAUCCACAUCUGAUCAAAUCGAGCCCCAUUCUCCAUACGGUCAACCCCCCACCCCCGAUCAUGCCCCAGACAAUGUGUUUGAUUCCACGGGCGGCACCCCUCAGCAAAAUCAUGUGUCAUACAAAACAACAGAAAUCACCCCCACAGUGGUUGGCUCACAGGAAGUGUACCGCGACCCUAGGAAUAGGAUAAUGGCCCAAAAGGAGGCCCAGGGGGGCAGCACAUUCUCCAAGAAACCCGUGUCUGACAGAAUGUCCUUCAGAGACAAAAUGAAAUUCUUUGCUCAGGAAGCUGGUGAGAAUACGCCAAAAGAAAAACCCAAGGCCUCCAAAACACUUAGAAAUAUUGAAUCUCAGCUUCAUAAUGGAAAAUGAGGAGAAAAGAUUGUAGCAUUUAAAAAAUUGUUUCACCGAGGCCAGAAUCGGGCACCAGGGGGAUGGCUGCAGUAGGUUAUGGGUCUGCAGUAAGAUGACCAGUUAGGUCGACAACCUUCCGUUGUUCAGAAUGGCCGUAAUGACUGGAUUCAAUCACCCGAGGAUUAAGAUAAAUCGUGAUAAAUUAUAUCAUACCGGUAUCAUGUUUUCUUUGCUUGUUUCCAUUGACAAAUUUUUAAGUAUAUUUUUGCUAAACAUUUUUUGUGUGAUAGUACGAUAUUAUGGUGAAUUGAGCAGGAAUAUUAUAUUCUACUUUUAGCAUGGAAUACACAAUUAUCAUGAUUAUGGAUGUAUUUAUGUUUAGCAUGUCUAUCAUGAUUAGAUAUAAAGCUUUUGUUUAGAAUGCUAGAAACAAAUAAAUGUUGAAAAGUUUCUACUGGUAUAAGAUAUUGUGGGUGUUUUGUCACACAGUCUAAAACAUACAAAAUAUACAGUGUAUGUACUACCCUCAGAUUGAGAAGCUGUGGGAAUCUGAAAUUUUUAAACCCCCCCCCCCCCCCCCCCCCAUGGUCAAACACCGCAAAUUUAUGCAUUUUAAAAUUUAUAUCAACAUGAAGUGCUUCAAAAGCCGAGACAUUGAGUUUGAACAAAGCGUGUACAUUAUUCAUGUUAAUAAUAGGUGCAUGCAUGAUCAAUAUUAUUCAUCAAAAAUAUGUACAUUCAAAGUACAUGUACUAGUUGUUAAUCAUGUGAAAAUUUUGUACAGAUGUCAUAAGUUGUUUUUUUUUUUUUUAUUAUUAUUAUACAUAUUAUAUAUAUUUCUAAAGCUAGUAGAAUAGAAAAAGUAAAACUGAACAAUUGUUGAUUGAAGAAAUAACAUAAUAUCAUGCACAUUCCUCAUACAUGUACUCUUCAGCAGAUUCCGGGGUUUAGCAGCUAUAGGCCAUUUCCUGUUAAAUAUUAAUUCCAUCAUACAUAAUUCCAUGGUUUUCGUUUUUAUAUUAUACAAAUGUAGUGGUUGUUGAAUUUUUUUAAACUUUCCUGUAUUAUUACAAUUUUUACCCAUUCUAACUGUUGAUAUUAAAUAUUUAUAUGUUUACCACGAUUCAUAUUUUAGGUGGUCGUUACUCGAGCAGUUUUGUCACUGCAAUUGGGUGCCACCCGAUAUCUGUCAUGUAUGUUUCUCAGCUGACUGUAAGAGUUUGUGAUAAUUAAGAGAACUGAUGGUUGUGAAUUAUUUUCUGAGGUUAGAAUCCUUUGUUGUGACAAAUUUCCAGCCAAGGGUUGCCUUGCUGUGGCUGUUUGUGAUUUUUACACCUGCUUAAUGAUUUUACCAAACUUUCAUUAUCAUUCCAGUAGUUCAUCGGAACAUUCCAUUUACUGUGUUACUACUUAAGUACAAAUCUUUGUCUUUUUCUGUCCAUCUCUUCGCUUUGAUAAAAAAACACCAGAGCUAUGAGCACUACACAAAUCAAUUUCGGAGUUUAUUUUAAUUUUUUUCAUUUUAUUUUUGUUUUGAGGAGAUGAAAAAAAAAGAAGCUAAUUUCUGAUUGGGCAGUUUUUGUCAGCCAAUCAUUUUGUCACAUCUAGUCAGGACGUGUGUACCAUGAGAAGAAUAUAGCUGCUAACUUGUAUACGUAUCUGAUGCAAAGCAAUAAAUGAACUGUAUACUUCA